AUGGUCAAAAUACACAACCGUGAAGUCACGUUCAAGGAUCCAAGGAGGUCCGAGAAGAAACUGGUGCUUGACGUGGACACGGGGGUGGAUGACGCUCAGGCCAUCAUGAUGGCUCUCGCAGCCCCCAACGUGGAGGUCCUGGGGAUCACCUGCGUAAGCGGCAACACCUCCCUGGAAAACUCCUGCAGGAACACACUGCGCGUCCUCAAGGUCUGCAGAGACUUGAGGUAGAUCCCAGUGUUCGGUGGAGCUGCGGAGCCUCUGAUGGGCCACCCCCUGUCGGCAGGCUCCUUCCACGGGCAGGAUGGGCUGGGGGACACCCCUGACCUAGAUGCCCCAAGCCUGGAGCUGGAAGGGGCUGUGGAAGCCAUCAUCAGGCUGGUCAAUGAGAACCCUGGAGAGGUGUGCCUGGUAGCUCUGGCCCCGUUGACCAACCUGGCCCUUGCAGUGAAGAUUGACCCCACCCUCCCUCAGAAACUCAAAGGUCUCUUCAUCAUGGGAGGCAACACUGACUCGAGGGGGAACACCACAGUGUGUGCAGAGUUCAACUUUGCUGCCGACCCGGAGGCUGCUUACAUCGUCCUGAACCGCUUCUUCUGUCCAACCUACAUCGCUACCUGGGAGUUCUGCUGUGAGAACAAUCUACCAUGGUCGUUCUGUGACAACUGGCUGGCCCAGGACUCAGACAAGGCCCGCUUCAUGAAGAGCAUCUUCAAACACACCAUGGACACCGUGGCCACUUGCGCUCGCUACCAACGGGAGAUGACGGCUGGCCCGGGUUUCUUGUCGUGCGACUCGUACGCGGCCAUCGAUGAUGGUUUCGUGUGGGUGGCGGUUACCGUGGAGCUCCAGGGGACCUACACCCGGGGCAUGAUGGUCCUGGACAAGCUGGGAGUCCUGGAGAAGGAGCACCAGGUUGUCAUCAUGAGGACAGUGGACCUGGAGAGCUUCAUGGACUCCCUGAAGUAAUAAGCGCUGGGCUGGGAACUACACCUAUACCGCUGUCCCAUAUUGCUUUCAAUUGUUUAUUUUUACAAAAUUAUAGGGGGGGGCUCCAAAAUUCCACUCUUCAUAAUGAGUUUCGUACAGAUCUUGAUAAGAGGGAGACAGUUUGAGGUGGUGGAUAUGUCCACUCUUCAUAAUGAGUUUUGUACAGAUCUUGAUAAGAGGGAGACAGUUUGAGGUGGUGGAUAUGUCCACUCUUCAUAAUGAGUUUUGUACAGAUCUUGAUAAGAGGGAGACAGUUUGAGGUGGUGGAUAUGUCCACUCUUCAUAAUGAGUUUCGUACAGAUCUUGAUAAGAGGGAGACAGUUUGAGGUGGUGGAUAUGUCCACUCUUCAUAAUGAGUUUUGUACAGAUCUUGAUAAGAGGGAGACAGUUUCAGGUGGUGGAUAUGUCCACUCUUCAUAAUGAGUUUUGUACAGAUCUUGAUAAGAGGGAGACAGUUUGAGGUGGUGGAUAUGUCCACACUUCAUAAUGAGUUUUGUACAGAUCUUGAUAAGAGGGAGACAGUUUGAGGUGGUGGAUAUGUCCACUCUUCAUAAUGAGUUUUGUACAGAUCUUGAUAAGAGGGAGACAGUUUGAGGUGGUGGAUAUGUCCACUCUUCAUAAUGAGUUUUGUACAGAUCUUGAUAAGAGGGAGACAGUUUGAGGUGGUGGAUAUGUCCACUCUUCAUAAUGAGUUUUGUACAGAUCUUGAUAAGAGGGAGACAGUUUGAGGUGGUGGAUAUGUCCACUCUUCAUAAUGAGUUUCGUACAGAUCUUGAUAAGAGGGAGACAGUUUGAGGUGGUGGAUAUGUCCACUCUUCAUAAUGAGUUUUGUACAGAUCUUGAUAAGAGGGAGACAGUUUGAGGUGGUGGAUAUGUCUCUAGUGUCUGUUUUGACUUGCCAUUAUGUUCUGAAUCACCAUCAAUCAUUUUACUUUAUCAGGAAAUAAAUAUUCUACAAUGUUAAUUUUCUGA